AUGAGAGAAAGAUAUCAUGAGGAUAAAAAAGAACAUAAAAAAAGUGUAAAGGAAAAAGUCAAAAAAGAACCUAUAAAUGAAUUAGUGAAUGAGAAAAAAGCGAAACAAUUACAUCGACAUAAACAAAUGGAUGAUCCACAUAUAGAAGCUAAUAAAUUAAAGCGACACAAGAAGAAAAAUGUUGACAAAUCACAAUCACCACAUGCGCGUCAUCAUCGAAAAGUUACACGUGAUUAUGUUGAAUCACCUGACAGUACCUUACGUGAAGUAAGCGAUAUUAGAUAA